AUGGGGAAGGUGUACUGGGCGGGCCAGACGAUGAACUGCCACGCGCCCGAGACCGGGAACAUUGAGUUGCUGGCCAAGUACUGUAAUGAGCAGCAGAAAGAGCAGUGGCUCAAGCCGCUGCUUCGAGGUGAAUUCGCGUCCGCUUACUCGAUGACGGAGCCAGAUGUGGCCUCGUCGGACGCGACCAAGAUCGCUAUCAGCAUCCGCCGCGAGGGGGACGAGUAUAUGAUCAACGGGCGCAAACUCUUCGCCACCAAAUGGAAUCCUGAGGUGAAGUUGUAUAUCCUGAUGGGAUGCACCGACCCAAACAACCCUAACCCGCGGCGGCGCCAUUCUAUGCUCCUGAUCCCGAGUGACACGCCCGGCUUCCGGAUGCGACAGAAUCUGUCAAUCAUGGGCCACGACUGCGCACCCGAGAGCCAUGGAGAGUACGUCUAUGACAAUGUGCGCAUUCCCGUCUCGAAUGUGGUUCUCGGCGAGGGGGGGGCGUUUGAGAUCGCUCAAGGCCGGCUAGGGCCAGGACGCAUUCACCACUGUAUGCGACUGAUCGGGCAAGCCGAGCUGGCGUUCGAUUACGCGCUAGUCCGUGCAACAGAUGAGCGGAAGAAACCGCGAGGCAAGCUCAUCUGGCAAUUUGACAGUAAUAUCGAGCGGAUCGCGCAGAUGCGACUGAAAUUGGAUGCCCUGCGCCUGGUCGUGUUCAAUGCAGCCGACACGAUGGACGCUCUGGGCAACAAAAGCGGCCGAUACGUGAUCGCACAAAGCAAGAUCCUGGUGCCUAUCGCAGUGGCCAAGAUUGUUGACGAAUGCAUGCAGCUCUACGGGGGCAGGGUCGGGCGAGACCAGUUGAAGACGGCGGGCAGCGUGGUGGCAAGGCAUCAACAAUACUACAAGGUUGCCCUGCAGCUGAAGAAGCAGUUUGGGCUGGAUGAGGAGUUGGGGGACGAUUGCACGUGGGAGUAUAUAGAGCCCAAGCUGUAG